AUGAUGCAUCCUGCGCGACAAGCCUGCGGCGGGCAUUCCGUCGGAACGGGCUCCGCGAUCCAUGCUCAAUUCGAGCGGAAACGACGCGCCGCUGCCAUGGUGGUGCCAACAGACGAUACCCGCGUGCGCCUACGACUACGAGAGCUCGGCGAACCCAUCACACUUUUCGGCGAAGGCGCGGUAGAUCGACGGGAUCGUCUACGAGAAUUGCUGACGGAUCUAUCGGACCGGCAAGGCGAGGGAGAUGUCGAAAUGGAAGAAGCGGAGGAGGAAGAGGCGGAGCAACAGGAGGAAUUCUACACCGAAGGAUCCGACGCGCUGCUGGAAGCACGAAAGGAAAUGGCUCGGUUUUCAUUACCGCGGGCCAAGGCUCGCGUGGCGCGUCUGAAGGAAGAGUCUACAAUUCCGCUGCGGACGCACGUGAAGCACCGGAAAGCCGUCAAGGAGAAACUCGGGAAUUUCGAUCUCUACGGGUCCCAGAUUGCGGGUGAUCGGCCGGUCAGCAUUUGCCGAUUUGCUCCUGAUGGACAGACGAUCGCCGCUGGAAACUGGUCUGGCGGCAUCAAAAUGCUAUCGGUGCCCAAUUUGGAAGAGAAGGCCGACUUGAAGGGUCAUACUGAUCGUGUAGGUGGCCUGGCUUGGUUCCCCGGGGCGACAUUACCGGAAUCUGGGGUCUCUCCGUCUAGUGUGAAUCUCGUCUCUGGUGGUGGUGAGGGAAACCUCAAUCUUUGGGCCCUUGACUCGGAUAAGCCUCUUGCCACUCUGACCGGACAUUCGGGUCGUGUGUGUCGCACCGAGUUUCACCCAUCAGGCCGCUACGUGGCGUCUGCGUCCUACGAUACGACGUGGCGUCUGUGGGACGUGGAGACGACGACGGAACUGCUCUUACAGGAAGGUCACUCCCGCGAAGUCUACGCGGUUGCGUUCAACAGCGAUGGGUCACUGCUUGCCAGUGGCGGCUUGGACAGUAUUGGCCGCAUCUGGGACCUGCGAACAGGUCGCACCGUGAUGAUCAUGGAAGGGCACGUUCGUGAAAUUUUUGGCCUAGAUUGGGGCGUUGAUGGAUACCGUGUACUCUCCGGGUCGGGCGAUGGUUGGGUCAAAUGCUGGGAUCUGCGUCAAGUACGGAACAUUGGUGGCAUUGGAGCGCACAAGAGUGUCGUGUCGGACCUUCGCUGGUACAAAGGUCUUGAGUCGGCCUCUUUCCUGCCCACGACCGAGGCCUCCAGUGGACAGAUGGAUGUCGAUGGGGCUCCAGCGACACCAAACGCCCCAGGAGUGGAGCCCAAGAAAUCAGGGACCUUCUUCGUGUCCAGUGGGUUUGAUAGGAGCGUCAAUGUCUUCAGUGCUGAUGACUGGUCGUUGGUGAAAUCUUUGAGUGGACACUCGGGGAACGUUCUUAGCACGGAUAUCAGUGGUGACGCCCAAUGGAUAGCCAGCUGUGGUCACGAUCGCACCGUGAAGUUGUGGGGUAUUGAGUGA